AUGAGAGAAUUUGUUUUAAAGAGCUUGGUACUUCAGAUCAUUGUUGUUGGUGCUGUAUUUGUUAAUCGUAAGUUUAAAUUUGUUUCAACGGUUAUGUUCUACCUUAUUCUGUAGGCCAGGGUUUGGUAUAUUUUAUGAUAACUUUAUGGGUUAAAAUAUUUUGUGUAUAAAGCUGCAGUAUUACCUAAUGAAGUGAUUUAGUAUGAUAGCCUUAGAGAAAUUGCGAAAAACUUUGUUGCGUAAUUUUUCUUAUGUAAUACUUAUGGCUUUAUGUAACAUAUGCCUCGAUGUAAAACGACUCAAAAAAUUACUGGGGGUACUGGGAUGCAACCAUGCUCGCUAUUGCGCUCAUACAGUGCAAUUUUUAGAAUAACAAUAAGAUAUGGCUUUAUCAGUCUUCUUUUUUUGUACGUACUGUAGUGGUAUUUUAGGUAGACUACUUUUAAAAUUUAACUUUGCUUCAAGCCGAAAAAUUAAAUUAAAAGAUUUUUAAUUCUUCCUGUUUCAAUUGUUUUAAAGCAAGUUUUCGAAUGUUUUGCAUCUCGAGAUUCAGAAAAUCCGAUCUCAGCUGUUUUCGGCGAUUAGGCGUUGUAACCUUGAACGGAGGUGCCAAACACUGUUUUCAGUUUAAUCAAGAUUUCGCUGGGCCCAUUAACGCCCGACUUAAUCGAAGGUUUUGAUCUUCGGAACUUUGUUAUUUAUGGACGAAAUAAAAUUUGAAUGUGAAAAAUGAGUUUUUAAUUUUUUUCGUUAAAGGUAUGACGAUCACCUUGGGAAUAUGAGGUUGGAAAUAGGGUUUUUGGUACAUAAGUUAGUUUAGUUUUUUUGUUAAAUGAAGUUAAAAAAUGUAAGUUAAUAGGCUUAUCGUAAUAAGCUUUGCAUCAGGCGUAGCAGGUUAAUAAUUAAGUUUAGUAGGCUUAAUAUUAGGUGCCGACAUAAUGAAGAUUUUUUACGUAAAGUACAAGCAAAGUAUGGCGGGUUCUUUAUGUCGGCAUCUAAUAGAGUUAGGCUCAGUAGGCUUAGACUUAUUAGAGUUAUGUCCUUAAGCUAAAAAUUUUUUAAAUGGAAACUCAUACCGGUUAUCUUCAAAGAAUCUAAAUAUUACACUGUGCCAUAAACAUAUCAUUCUACUUAACACAAUGGCACCCGUUUUAUGUUUAUUGGCGCAAUAAAGAACACUUGUUCCGGUUCUCGGUACACCUUUGAGUUGUGGUAUCUUAUUGUCUUUGAGCUCUUAUGUUAUGGUUUUUUUGUAUUUUUGUUUAUGUUACAAAAGCGGCAUGGUAAAGAUUUUUUUGUUUAAAGUUCAUUUAAGUGGUAUGACAUAUAUUUUACUCUGAAAACCCGUAAUAAAACAACGCGAAAAAUGUAUAUUUCAAAAUACAUCUUUAACUUUUUGACCACGUUAUAAAUGCCGACAUCUACGACAUUUUACCGCCUUUCCGCUUUCAAAAUACCCUCACAAGUUGAACCAAAACAAAAUUAAUAGGCCCAAAAAGUUGGAGUGGCACUUUUUGCGCGAAACUCAAUUAGAUGCCGUUGCAAAGCGAAUCCAAAGCCAAUUAACUCGUUUCAUUAGUGGGUGUAAAGCGGGACACCUCAAAGAGUUCGCAGCGGCUUUGGCUAGGCUUAAUGGGUUGAGAAAGUGUGAAAAGGUAAACAAUGGCAUUAAAAAUUGUCGAGCAGUAACUAAAAUUUUCUUUCUGUGAAAAAAUUUUUGCUUAUUUUUUUGUAAUUAAAGUUUUUGCCAUUUUUUUAAAGAUUUUUUUGUAUUUUUAUAAAGAAAACACUUUGUUAGGCUAAGCAGAUUAACAUCGGCAAUUCUGAGGUCGAUUGGCACCAACAAGGUGAGUAGAUUAGGUAAUUGCGCAACAAACAAAAACCGGCUACUUAAUUUGAGGUCGAUUCUGAAUUAAUGACUUGAUGGGAGAUAAGGAAGCUGCAGGUGGCAAAAGCGCAAUAUUGUGACAUUUAAUAUAGCCAUUAAGUAAUUAAGUGGAAAAGCCUCUUUUCAUUUAAAAUACCUUUAAAUGAAAGUAUGAAAAAAUAUCUCAUAAAAAUUUUUAAACGUACUAGAUCUUUAAAAGUUAUUAAAAUCCAUUAAAACUUACCGUAACCCACAUACCUUUGUCUAAAGGCAUUACCAUUAUUAACAGCUGCUUAGUGUAAUAUAAUAUGAAAUAAUUUAAAUAUGACACCUCAAGGCAUUAUUUAAACUACUCGAAAUCAAAGUCAGAACAACACAAACGUCUAAAAUACUUAAUCCAUUAAGCCUGGUAUCAAUUUACAAUCUUAAGUGAUUGAUUUCAGGAGAAUGUGCGACUCGACCCGUCGGCCUCGAAUCCGGUGCCAUUUUGGAUACACAGUUAUGUGCCAGCUCGAGUUUUGAUACAUUGUCAACUGGACCACAACAUGCUCGGUAUGUUUUUUAAAUUUUUACUAAAAAAACAGCUAAGUUUUUUCACAAGCAAGAGAUCAGGAACAUUCUUUACAAGAUAAAAACGAAGGAACUUUUUUUACACAAAAUUUUAAAAAUUUUAAAUUUCAGGUUAAAUUCUGAGUCCGGAUCGGGAGCAUGGUGUCCCUUAAGCCAAAUCAACGCUUCGUCUCACGAAUGGAUUCAAAUUGACUUGGGCCAAGAUUACAUAAUUAUGGCCGUUGAGACUCAGGGUCGUGAUGACAAAGGAAGAGGACGAGAAUACCCACUCGGCUACAUGAUUGAAUACUGGAGACCAUCGCUGGGCAAAUGGGCACGGUAUCACGAUGCAAACGGCGUGGAAAUUGUGGCAGGAAAUGAAGAUACGAAACAUGGGGUACGACGACAGCUACAGAGUGGCGUGGUGGCUAGUUUGAUCAGGAUCAUACCAGUUUCUGAGUUUACACGAACUGUUUGCCUACGGUUUGAGCUGUAUGGAUGUGCUUUCAAAGGUAAGUGGAACAUAGGCUUAAUUGUGGGUUUAUGUUUAGCCUUAGCGUUAGACUUAAUUUUAGGUUUAAUAGGUUCAGCUUUGGUAGGCUUAGGCUUAAACGACUUUUUCAUAAUAAUUUUAAUAUCUUAAAACUUUUUUAAAAUUUUAAUGUCAUAAUAUUUUUUGCAUUAGAAAUGAUAAUUUUAUCUUUUUAGAAGACAUAACGUCAUACAGUGCUCCCAUAGCCGGUAUGCCUGAACUUCCUCAACUAAAAGAUCUGGUAUACGAUGGUGAAGAAGUCGACAACAUGAAUCGUGGUGGCCUAGGCAAACUGACGGAUCAUAUUAUAGCUUCAGAAAACGAUAACAGUAGCUGGGUUGGCUGGAAUCGUCAUCAGAUCGGAAGUAAAGUCAAGUUAGACUUUAAUUUUGGACAUUAUACCAAAAUAUCGACCGCCUACUUUCAUGUCUCAAUUGACCGAUCGGUAAACGCAAAUGUGUUCAAGGAAAUCACUGUAAUAAUGAGCGGUUUUGAAGAUCGUACCAAGCCUCCAGUAGCCAAAUUUGUUUCUAUGGAAGUUGAGGAUUCUAAAGGCGCGCAAUGGAUCAAAGUUGACAUUGAUGGGUAUUCAUGUAAACAUAUCCGAAUGGAGUUAAAGAUGUCUGACGAUGCGGAUUGGCUGUUGAUUAGUGAAAUCAAGUUUAGUCAUGGUGAGUAUAUUUUUGAAAUUUUAUUUUAAAAAUCAAAAAAUUUUAAUGUUUUAGGUUUCUAAGAAGCAAUAAUUUAAAACUUUAAAACGGUUUUUAAUUUUAGCCACAACAACGUCAAAACCAUCGGUGAUUCCACAGACCUUGAACGAGUUUGACACAUUUGAAGACAAUACAUUUACUGUAUUUUCAAUUCAAACUAAUGUUGACCAAGAUAAUGUAAUGUGGAUUGUUAUUGGUACGUCAUUUGUAAACUUUGAUUUAAAAUGUUAUUUUACGCAGAAUUAAACUUAUUAUUUACUUACAGCAUGUAUUAAUACAUAUAAUAAUUCAGUACAUGUAUAAUUCCUGUGUUUCAGCUGGAGUAGGAGCAGUAGUAUUUGGAUGUGGGGUUCUACUAGUCAUCGUAUAUUGUUUGUUGUGUCUAAACUACACAAGAAAAACGUCGGCUGCGAAUAGCUUGAAGCUGAAUGGUGAAAUGAGCUUCAAACGGCAUUUAUCGCCUUAUCAAAAUAGGUAUGAUCCAAACGUGCACGUUGACAAGUUUCCGCCACCGAGUAUUGUUGACAAUGCAAGCGAGUACGCCGAACCGGAAAUUGAAAAGUAAGUGAAAAUAGCAAUAAUUUUCUUUACAAACAAAAAAUAGCAAAAAUUUUCCUUACAAAUAUCUUUUUCAGCCUAGCCGAGCCUUUAAUAAAAUCUUGGCACAGUCGUGACAAGGUACCAUUCUCUGUGCACUAUGCCUCUCGCGAUCUACUUCAAGAACAGCCAACGGUACUUUUGGACCCCUUAGGCCCAUUCCAACGGUACCCAGACUAUACUGGUACUCAAUGUAUUGUUGAGUAUGGUUCGGAUGUAUUCGAAAAUGGCACCCCGUUAGGUGAAGAUGGUUCUAUUAAGAUGGUACGGUACAAAGCUGGCCCACGAAAGUUAUUGCUGAAGUUGCCGAAGACAGAAGUUGCUAAAGAAGGGUUGCGGUUGGAAGUGGCGACUUUGAAUUCGUUGCGACAUCAAAAUAUUAUGUUAAUGCUUGGUACUACAGUGAUGAACAAUAUGCAAUGUGCUGUAUAUGAGAUGGAAGAAGCCGUGGAAUUGGCUGGGUACUUGAAUAACAUACCAGACAUGAGGUAAGGCGUAGGACUGUAUUAUAUUUAUGAAAGUUACUGUAAAUUCUACUGUAAUUAAAUUAGUAACGCUUUUAAAAGUUGUGAAAAUUAGAAAUAUUGGAUACAGUAACUUUCAUUUUUAGGAACGAUACUCUACUAUCGAUUGGUACUCAGAUUGCGGCAGCUAUGGCAUAUUUGGAAGCCGUCAAUAUUGUCCACCGUGAUUUGUCUAUCCGAAAUUGUCUUAUUGACAUUGAUGGCACAGUAAAAGUCACAAUGGAUUAUGGGAGGUACUGUAAACAAUAUUCAAAUCAAUGCGUACAACAUGGUGACUAUAAGUUACCCAUAAGAUGGAUGGCUCCUGAAUUGCUGGACAGUACGUACGCUUCUGUACCAGCUGAAGUACCACAAGUCCCUCCAAUGAUAACAUGUGGACAAAAUAUGGUUACAGUACUCCAACAAUUGUCCCAAAAUACGUCUACAACACAACCGAUCAUAUCAACUACAGUAACCCCAACCAGUACGCAUUACACGCCGUCUACAGUAAUUUCCGACAUAAAUACCGUAUCCUAUAGUAAUAAAACAGAUGUGUGGGCGUUGGGAGUGACGUUAUGGGAAGUGUUCGAAAAAGGUCGAUCAAUGCCUUUAGGACAAUUUGGAGAUGAUGAAGUGAUACGAUUGUUACAAGGGCUACAUGAAGAUCAAAUGACAGUAAGUUCAUACCGUAAUUUUUAAAAGUUUAAGGUAGGAAUAGCAAGCAUGUUCGUAUAAAAAAGAAUACAGUACAAUAUUCGAACGUCGUAUCAUAUCUAACACAAAUACCAACUUGCAGAGUCUUCUACCUCGCUCGGACUACUGUAGCCCGCUACUGUACGAGGAAAUCUUUAGGAUAUGUUGGUAUUUAGAGCCGGAACGACGUCCAACCUUGUCCGAGAUACAUAGAUUAAUGCAAAAUACAUUCAGAAGACUGGUAACUUCAACGUGA